AUGACCAGCAGCCACAUGGAUUGCCAUUUCUGCCUGCAGUCUCUCCGUGGCAGGAAAUAUGCACUAAGAGAUGAGAAUGCUUACUGUGUCCCGUGUUAUGACAGCCUGUACGCCAACCCCUGCGAAGAGUGCAAGCAGCCCAUAGAGUGCAGCUCCAAGGAUCUGGCCUACAAAGGCCGCCACUGGCAUGAGGGGUGCUUCAGGUGUGCCAAGUGCAGUCGCUCACUUGUGGAGAAACCAUUUGCUGCCAAGGACGAGGUCUUGCUGUGUACUGAGUGCUACUCUGAUGAUUAUUCAUCCAAGUGUUUUCACUGCCAGAAGACCAUUAUGCCUGGUUCACGUAAAAUGGAAUUUAAGGGAAGUUCCUGGCAUGAAUCCUGUUUUGUUUGCCAGUAUUGUCAGCAACCAUUGGGAACAAAACCAUUAAUCACCAAAGACAAUGAGAAUUAUUGUGUGCCCUGUUUUGAGAAGCAAUUUGCUCACCAUUGCUAUGCUUGCAAAAAGAUUAUAACUUCUGGAGGAGUGGCCUACCAUGACCAGCCUUGGCAUAAAGAGUGCUUUGUGUGUGCUGUGUGUAACACUCAGCUGUCUGGACAAAGAUUCAUUUCCAAAGAUGACUACCCAUACUGUGUUGACUGUUUCAGCAAAUUUCAUGCCAAGAAGUGUGCUGCUUGCAAGAAACCUAUUGCAGCUCUUGGAGGUGCCAAAUACAUCUCAUUUGAGGAGCGCCAGUGGCACGGGGAAUGUUUUAGCUGCACGAAAUGCUCCAUCUCCCUGGUGGGCCAGGAAUUCCUCACUCAGCAGGAUGACAUCCUUUGCCACAAAUGUGGCUCUGCUUCAUAG